AUGCCGCGCAUCAAGAAGCCGCGUAACAAGGGUGUCACCUACAAGCUGGUGCCCCGCUCGUAUGGCGAUGCUGAUGGCGAGGACCAGGGCCCUUUGUGGGUGAGCGAGGCGGAGCUCUUUCGCCGACACCAGAGCGCCGUUCCUGCCGAAGAUGAAGACGCGGCGCGACGCCAGUUUAACAUGUAUGCCGUUGCCGCGAACGCCGAGUUCAACGACGAGCGUCGCCGUCGCCGUGCCGAGGAAGGUGAGGACGACGCGUGUGGCGUGUACGACGAUGGAGAGGCGGAUGCAGAGGAGGGAGCGUAUGAGGAGGAGUAUUAUGACGAAGAAGGCGAGUACCACGACGAGCACGGCGAGGAGGACGGUGAGUGGGUCGACGGUGACUGGAUGGACGAGGAGAAGCCAGAGGCCCCACACCUGCGAGCGCCAACGCAGAAGGCGGCGCUGCCGCCCACUUCUGCUGCUGACCCAGCGUUGGCGUCUAGCUGCCCACCGGCGGCCGCCGCUUGCCCGCGCGACGAGGAGGGCCACGGGAGCGAGGUGGCUGGUGAGGCCGACGAAGAGCAAGAGGAGGAGAAGCUCUUUGAUGGCGAGGUAGAAGGUGAGGUGACGGACGACUUCCUGCGCCAGCUUGUCUUUGGCAGCGGUGGCAGUGGCGAGGGCGACGAGGAUGCCGACGACUGGGACGGACUCGACGAGGAAGAUAGCGAGAUGUGGCGGUUGCUGACGGACGACGAGAAGGCGGCCAUCAAGGCUUCACGCCGGCGCGGCACGGCACGGCGACGCCGCGUUGUCGCCGCAGCGGUUGGCGAGGAGGGAGGGCUGAGCCGCACUCACGCGGCCGACGGGACGGAGUAUCCGACGCACGACACCACCCAGCGGGCGUUGGAUCGGCAGUUCACGGAGAUGAUGCACGAGUUUGAUGCCGAUGCGCGACUCAACGACGCCUACACCGAUGACCCUCGUACGCACGGCGCGCUGCCGAUGGAUAAGUACCUCACUGCCUUGGAGGAGUUUGUGGCAAGCAGGGCUGGCAUAGAUGUCGAGACUGCAGAGCCGCACAAAAACAAAGGCCUCAUUCAGCAGCUCAAGUACCUCUCAUACCACGCCGGCGCCUUCGACUCGGACGCGCGCGGUGUUUACAUGACGACGAUACUGCCAGAGAAGCAGCAGCGUUUUGUGGAGGAAUUUCAGAAAGGCACUGAAGAGAUACGCCGUGCCGCGCGCAUGCGCUUGGCAAUACGCAACGCUGGCGCCACUGCCGCCGCUACUGCUGCUGCGGUGGCAUCGCCGUCGGACCAGGUAGCUGUCCUGUCCUCGCCUUCAGAGGGAGACGGCACGACCGGCGAAGAAGAGGAGGAGCUGAUUGUCAUGGAGAUGAAGUCAAAGGCGGAUCGACUGGACUGCGAGACGGCCAUCAGCGCGCUCUCGACGUACUACAAUCAGCCAAACGUGAUUCAAGCACCGCGCCGCUCUGCGCAGGCGCGCAGAGUGAAGAAGGCGCCAGUAUCGCGUUGCGGCGGCGAGCUAACAGACGCAGAGACCGAGAACACUGAUAGCCACCGUAACGGCGGCGCCGACACCACCACCACGACAGUGGUGAGGGGGGACAUGAUCAGCGCCGGGGCUACGCCUAGCAACAGCGGCAGCGGCAACACCGCUACUAGUAUCAUCAGCAGCUCUGCCAAGAAGGGCGCCAAUGCGGUGCAGGUGUGUAAGCCGACCUGCGCCUCUGACAGCGAGGGCACUGCACCGGCAGACAGAGCGCACCGAGGCGUCGAUGUUGUGCUCACGGUUCGUCGUAAGGACGAAACCAAAGAGGAGAAAAUGACGCGCCGGCAGGCUGUGAAGGCUGCACAGCGCGAGCGUCGGCAAGCAAAGAGCGCCCUCAAGCACACUUACAAGGAGGUGGAGUCGGAAGAGCUGAGGCGGUCUGCUACCUCGCAGGCGGCGCGUCGUACCGUCCACUUUAUGUGA